AAUCCAGUCUCCGCGAUGAGAAGAAGUCAUAGUUGGAAAAUUUGUUUGAAGGUCUUUAUUCUUGAAGAAGUAGAACUGGCUCUACAGGAGCUCCUCUCGUCGCAUGAAGAUGAAAACGACCUGAUAUGGAGGUUCCAAUUAGGGAAUGGGAAAAAAUCUGUUUCCAGACCACUACUCAGCUUUAGCCAUUUAUUUACGCACGGUGAUGUCUCUCUGUAUCCCGGAUGAAUAUCUUUCUGUGCAAGUGUCUAGGCUGUUGAAAAACGAAUUCAUUGCGAAGAUGAACUUCUGUGUGUGCCUUUCUAGAAUCGCUACAGUGAAAGAACAUUACAUUAUCUCGCAACAU